AAGCAGAAGACAAAGACUGUCUCUUCCCCUGUGCCCGGCAGGCACAGUACCUGUCAAGAGCGUUGUCUCCUUACGGCGAGCAUGGCUUGGUUCACUCCAGACCAGUAAAAUAUGCCAGAAAAGGUUCUCGGAAUACGUCUAAUGCAUCUAACUCAAACUCAAGUGUCAGUACAUCAAGUACACCAAGAAAACGCUCUGGACUUUCAUGCAGUUGCUCCACUGAUAGUUUUGUGAGCAUCAGUCAUUCCCAGAGGCAUCAAGGACGCAACUCCAAACUAUGCAGUGGGGAUCUUCUAGACAGGCACUCUGAAUUCUUUACUGAUAGCCGAAAACCUUUUAUUCCACGCACCUUAAUAUCAGAUGCUAAAUCUUUCCUGUCAGAGUACAGGUAUUAUACUCCUGCUCGAAGGAAAAGGAAAAAUCACUGCAAGCGGCAUGUGGAAGCUCAAACACAGACUGAUGUGAUCAGCUUUCCAUCUGCAGACAGAGCAUCUGAGAGAAAAGUUAUGACUGAACGACAGCAGGUCACAUUGAAGGUUGAAGAUAGAAGAUACACCAUGGAGGAACCCGAGAGAGGAAUAGCUACUUCUCCAUACUCCUUCCUAAGAGAGACAUCGUUGUGUUCUCAGCAGUCUUCAGUGAGGAGGACUAUCGAGGAUGAAGAAGAGGAGCUUUUAUAUUUAGCUUUCAUUGAAGAUGUAACAAAUGAAAUUCUUAGCCUUGGGCUAUUUUCUAACAGAGUUCUGGAACAACUGUUUGAGUGUCAUAUACAAGAAAAUAAGAGCCGUUUGGAUGAGAGCAAAAUGCGUCACUUUUUGGAUGUACUGAAAGCAGACCUCGGCUGCAGCCCGGGCAGCGGUGCAGAGCAAAUCCCUGCAGGCUGGGAAGCCUUUGACUCGCUGGAUCUGCAAGAGUUUAAUACAAUGGAAGAGCUCGAGUUUAUCAAUACAAGUCAGCAGCAAAGAAAAGCUACAAAAAGUGAAGAAUUCUUUAGGACCAUGGACUUAUUAAAGGAACCAAACAAGUGUGAAUCACCAGUAUGCAGGGAAGGUUCAAAGGAGACACAGAGCAAGGAUGACUUUUCGGAAGACGUUGCUGAAAUGAUGGAUGCUGGGACAGAGUCUGAUUCUUGUGUGAAAUCUGAAGAAGACCCAGAUGCUUCACCCUCAUGUGAGGCAACUUUAGACUUGAUCACUUGUGACAGUGGUUUGGAAGCCAACAAGGAACUUGAUGAUCUCGAGAAAAGCUUUGCAGAGGCCCUUCAGAUCUCUCAUGACUAUUCAUAG